AUGGUGCAAUCAGGAGCGAAAGCUAGAAGGACUGCCAGAAAAGGUGUUGCUACUCGUGAAUAUACAAUUCAUUUGCAUAAACACAUUCAUGGUGUUGGUUUCAAAAGGCGAGCUCCUAGAGCUAUUAAAGAAAUAAAGAUGUUUGCUAAAAAGAUGAUGGGCACUGAAGAUGUUCGAAUUGGUGUGCGGCUCAAUCAGGUGUCCGAAAUGUUCCAUAUCGUGUCCGCGUGA